AUGGGCUUCCACUACGCGGAUACUCUCGAGGAACAUAGCUGGGUUGGCGGAGGACUCGACGCUUAUAUCUACCACGUCACUCCAACUAUUGUGGUGAAAACUGUUCGUCGCGACCGAACCCCUGAAGAAAAGGCAGCGGAGCAUCCUUUCCUGAAGGAGAUCGCGUUUUACAAACGUCUUAAUGAGUGCCAGGAUCGAUGUCCAAAUAUUGUUGAAUGUUUUCUCAUGCUCCCGGACUAUCUUUUUCUAUCAUAUUGCACGCAUAAGGCAAUUGCCCCUCGCUUCUAUGAACGCCAGGAGCGAGAAAGAGGAACGAAUGGGUUUCAUGGGCGUCUAAUCAGGGUCAAGGAAUACGAGGAUCCUGCUCUCAUCGCUCGGUGGAUACAACAAAUCACCUCUGCUCUUGAGUAUGUGGAGAAAAUGGGCUUUUGUCACAAUGAUCUGCAUGCGAGCAACUGUCUUCUUGACAGGAACUUCAACUUAAAGCUGGCUGAUUUUGGUCGUGCCGCCACCAUUGGACAGCCGCUUGAAGGUACCUUGCCUCCACGGGCCAAACCAAUACUUGCUGGACCAUUGAAAGGCACAUACGGUCUUUGUUCCGCCAGAACUGAACAGUUUGCCGUUGGGACACUUCUAUAUUUCAUGGUAUAUGGCCAUGAACCCUAUGACGACAUUAUCCUCAGCGCCGCGGAAUGGGAUCGCCGAUUUGGGGAAAUGGAGUUUCCAGAACUUAACCGCAAUGAGGUUUUUGAUGGUCUUAUUUCUGCUUGUUGGCACAAUGUCUAUCCUACAAUGGCCUUGCUAGCAUACGACUUCAAACGCAAGACAAAGGAUAUGAUCUGGAAUGCAGAAUACGUCUUAAUUGACUCGGAAAAGGAGAUAAAGACUUGUGAAGGAUUGGUUCGUAGAGGCUUGCUGGGACCUGAAUUGGCUCUCCGCUUUCAGCCGGCCUGGCGAAAAUAUCUACAUGCUAUUAUGGAGAGAGGCAUGUUUAUUUGGCAAUGCUUUCUACAGAGAAAAUUCUGGACCUGGUCUUGA